UUCGCGGGUUGUCGGCGUGAUGCUUCGUACGUGUUCCGCCACCUUGAACUGCAGCUUACAAACAAACGCGUACACUGAAGAUAUCGACCAGUUAGCCAGCACAUGCCAAAGCAGCGAUGAGAGACCGAGCAGCAGAGUAUGACUUGACGCGUUCAGCGCGUCCUCUCGCUCGCGUCGUCUUAUGCUGUACCUCCGUUCCCUCCGACAUUCGAUCCCUCGUUGUGCAACAAGCGACGAAGAUGGGGGCAUCGUACAAGGCGGAUCUUACCUCGGAUGUGACGCAUCUCAUUGCGGGAGAUAUCAUGACGCCAAAGUACAAAUUCUCCACGAAACAUCGGCUGGAUGUAAAGUUGAUGAAGGUGGAAUGGAUUGGGGCGAUGUAUGAGAGGUGGUUGGAAGGGGAGGAUAUCAACGUUGAAGAGUAUUCCGAGAAAUUCCUGUUACCGCCGUUUCUCAACCUCCGAAUUUGCGUCACCUCGCUACCUCCGUCUGAUCGCCAGAAACUUCAUUCUCUCAUUACGUCGAACGGCGGCCAUUACUCUCCAGACCUGUCAAAGACCUGCACACAUCUCAUCGCUGCCUCAAAAGAAGGCAAGAAAUACGAAUAUGCUGUCAAGUGGGGUAUCAGGAUCGUCGGGCAGGAGUGGGUACGCGACAGUCUUGUGAGAGGAGCUGCCUUGAGCGAGGAACUGUACAGUCUUGAUCUGCCAGAGGAGGAGAGGGGACGCGGUGCAUGGGACAAGGCUAUCGAGAAAGCGGAAGGAUUGGCGCCUGCAAAGAAGAGAAAGCAGGUCUCGAGAGUGGACGAGGACGAAGACGACAAACCGGUUCUCAAGAAAAAACGGUCGCAGUUAUCGCAAAGUUUUCUUGGUUCUGCGCCCACUUCGAACAAAACCACCCCAGCAGGAGCUGCUCCUGUGGACGACCUCUGGAAGGACAUUUUCCACAUGAAGCCCCUGGCCGCUUCAACACCCAUCAAACCCCAGGCUGACGCCGCAUGGCAUUCCGAUGACGAAGAAGAGCUCGAUCUAUCCAAAGUACAUCCGCCACCAGCAUACGAUGAAUCCGGAACUCCAGCACUCGACGAGCCAGAAGAAGAGAAGCAAAAGGAAAAAGGUAUCUGGUCUGGUGUGUACUUCUACCCAUGGGGCUUCAGCGAAGAGAAGGCCAACAUCCUCUACAUCUACCUCACGUCACAUGGCGGACAUUGCGUCGACACGUUAUCCGCUCUUCCACAUGACAAGCCCGAGCGUUCGUUUGUGGUGGUCUCGCAUAGCGUACCAAUUGUCGAUUGCCCGAAUGUACCGUCAGAACGAGCGACGUUGGUUACGGAACAGUGGUUGGAGCGGUGUGUGCACUUCGGACGGAGGGUGGAGAUUGACGACUGGGUUGUAUCUAGACCGUUGGUACGGACGCACAUUCCGGGAAUGAAGGGACUCACGAUAGCCAUGACAGGGUUUACUGGGGUUGAUCUCUUGCACAUGUCGAAACUCAUUAACAUUCUCGGCGCAAGCUACAGCGAGACAUUGAGGCGUGACACGAGUGCGUUGAUUGCGCUGAAAGCUGAGGGAAGGAAGUGGAAGAUGGCCGGAGAGUGGGGUGUUCGGAUUCUUUCGCGCGAGUGGGUGGAGGACGUGGCAAGGAAAGGGGAGGUUCUGGGUGUAGGUCGAUAUGCGAUGGAUGGGUUAGGCGGAGGAGAACUUCCGAAGCGUGAAGUACAGCCGAUGGGACCCCCCCUAAUGACGAGGGAGAAGCAGAAGGAGAGGGGAUCAGAACGACGCCUGGAGGAGGGACACAGCAGCAGGAGACUCUCGAUGAGAAUGAGUGAUGAAGAUGAUGAGGUGAUUGACAAGAAGAAAGUACGAAAUGCAACUCGUGCGCGAGUGUUGGAGGGAUGCACGGUUUGCGUGAGCUCCAAGUUGUCCGACAUGACGUCAGAAUACCUCGCCAUUGCCGUAUCCCUGGGAGCUAACACGGUGCAAACUUUCUCUGCUGGAGCUGGGAUUACGCACCUGGUGCAUGAGAGUUCGCGGCAUGCCGAUGCACAUCCAGACUUUCGGGCUGCCAAAGAAGCAGGAUGCAAGAUCAUUUCUCCGUCAUGGCUGUUCGAGUGCCGGAAGAAGGCGACAAAGGUGGACGAGGCUAUAUUUCCUCACACUCACGCUUUUGAGACGGAUGCGAAGGAACGGGUACUGGCGGAUGUUGGUGCGAAAAGGGCAUAUUCGGCACCAUCUGCACCAGUACAAGAUCCUCGUGUUGCCUCCGGGAUCGGUAACCUCGCAAAGCUACUCCAGAGAAACGUGACAGCUGGUGUCCUUUUCGACACCGCCCCAAAACGCGUCCGAGGCAAACUUCAAGGUCGUGCAACUGCGUCCAUCACAACACAUCGCUCCACCUCCGAUCCCGCACCUUUUGACGCGGCGCCUAACCCAUUGGCUGACGAAGAUGCGAG